AUGUGCUGGCGUGUUUCGGUGCUGCUGCUUUUGGUGCAUUCUCUCGCUGUGGUGCACCUGCUCGGUUUCAAACUUGGAAACCCGUGGCCACUUUGUCCCGCCAAUGAUAAGCGGCUGUUGUCACUGUUCAAUCUGCUUUGCAAUACUACCCAAACAACGACGGCCACUACUAGGGAUGCUUGCUACGGGUGUUUCUUUAGGGCUGGAGCACUUUCCGUCGGACCAACUCAGCUCGCAGCGAUCAGUCAGUGUGCUUCGUUGUACCUCAUAAACACGAGCUAUGCCGUGUGCGCGACAAAUCUUGCAGGCGUUGUGACAGGAAUUCGUCCUUUAAACGUGCUCCCGCCAGGAUCAUCCACAACCGAUUGUUAUACGGGCCACUGCGAGUUCGUGCAGUGUGUUCGAAGGAUCAACGGCAACAUGCUGAUCAACCAGUGUCUUCUGCAAACGCUCAUCAAUCGAGAUCUCAACGUUGAGGCACAGCGAGUGGGUUUCUACGUCAAUGCGACGUCGUGUAUUCUGGCGAGAGCUCGAUGUGAUUCAUACAAUCCGAUUACGGGGCAGCUACAGCAACCAUUGAACACUCCGGCCGGAACCACGGGUAGAACAGGAUCGAACUCACUGCAAAUAUCCCCAACCGGUGACAUUAGAAUCAUAUCGUUUCCAAUGAAUGUUGCAGUUGGUGAUGCAUUCUGCUCAUCACGAACCUUACUUGAUCAAUCCACGUUUGGAAACUCCAUAUGUUAA